AUGUUUCGAUUUUUUGAAUCUCUUUUCUUUACUUACUUUGUUGGAGUGGCGUUAGGCGAUAUCGUCUUCAAACUUGAUCUCAACAAUCCAUCAUUUCUCUUAUGGGGAACGGAAAUUAAUGUAAAUUCGCUUCUUAACGUCGGUUUCAACAAUUAUCUCCUCGCUGAAUACUCGUAUCAAUUCUCUAAAUACGAGUUCUCUUUUCAAUCAAAUUCGAGCACUUCAGCCGCGUUGACUGUUAUGAAUCGAGACUAUAUGAAUGCCAUUUAUUAUUCAUGGGAUCUGCAAAAUGUUGUAUUGACAGAUGGCUGUUCAAUGGACAUCUACGUCGGUGGUCAUCCAGUCGAGACUGGUGAAAUGUAUUUGAUCUAUACACUCAGUGCCGAUCGAACAAAAGCCUUCAUCCCAUCAUCAUUUCUCUCCGGCUACUACACUUUCAUCAUUCCACCGAAUUGUCAAGCGAGCUUUAAAGCAAAUAAAACAGAUUACACAAAUCUCCCACAAAUGCACGAUGGUUCUCACGGUUUUGUUGCAAGCUGGGAGUACCCAGGCGGCACUUUUAACCGACAGUUGUUAGGAUUCGCUACUGAAACGAGGCUAAUCACAACUGAUGCCUACAAUCAGAUGACUUAUCCGAUCUUUGCUGAUGUAGUUGGGCUAACAGCUGGAGAUCAAGGGAAUCUCACCAUUGGCUUUUAUCAGCGCAAUUCUUUGGUGACCGCUCAAACUUUAACAACUGCUUCAAACAUCUGGUACAAUGAGACAAAAGUCGAUGAGUUGCGGUUAAGCUGGACACCAGGCUAUGCCGGUCGAAAGGGCUUUUUGGUGCGAUAUCGUUUCGGCACAGAUAAUCCCGAUAUUUACUCGAUCAAUGAAUAUUCUCUUGUUUUUGAUUCAAGGAGGAAAACGAAGAAAAUGAACAGAAUCGAGUGUCCUGGAUGUAAGAUUGAAGUGAAUGCUGUCUCACAGAUGAAUCCAGGAACGGUGUUGUUUAGUGACGCGACAACAACAGCAACGCUAUCCGAGCUUAUCGACAAGCCAUAUAGUUUCAAAGAUUUUGUCGCGUUCAAUAACGUGGAUUCUGUCAAAUUUCUUGCCUCUUUCACUUCAUAUGAUGAUUUAAAUCGAGCAUCGAUGGGUUUAGAUGAUUACACGAUUUAUGAAAUUGACAGCAAAAAUGGACAAGGGCUUAUCAUAGAUGCAAAACCAAAUUAUCGAGCUGUUACCAUGUACAACUAUUUGGUGCCAUUUAAGAUGUGGAUUGGGAAUGUGACAAUGAGUGAAGACUGCGAAAUUUCACUUUACGUUGGCGGUAUUCCUCCUCAGGAUUUAAACAAAGCAAAAAGUUUAGAGAUUUUUCGAUUCAGAAGCAAUGAGACUUCACAAUUCUCGCGAUCGGGCAUCACUCCUGCAGCCUCAACUCUGAUUGUCCCGCCAAAGUGCUCAUUUAGAGCCGAUUUUGCUCAAUAUAUGGAUGGUAUCCCGGAUCCACUAACAGUCGGAAGUAAAGGAUUCAUGAUGAGCGGUGAAUAUCCAGGUGUUCAAGACUCAGAAACGAUACAGCCAGUGAAUGACCGAUCACAGUUUGCAAUUACUCAAUCGAACACUGGAAGCUUUUCUCUGACAAUUCCGAUGGCUGAUCCCGGAGAUGGAGGAGUUUUGAGCGUACACAAUGAGAAGAUCACAUCUACCGUCCUGAAUAAAGCGAUGUCCUUCAGUGACUCCAGCUUUGAGGUUAUUUGGAAUCCGAGUCAAAAAUCUCGGCAUGGUUUCCUAAUUCUCUACGAAGUCCUCGAUGUGACAAAGUCCGGGUUUUUCAAAAGUUUCUCACCUUUUCUGAUGGCAAUUUUCCUUGUCCUUGAGCUUUAC